AUGACUCACUUCUUUAGACUCAUACUUCUUGUUUUUUUCAUGAUCAACAUAUCACAUGCUAUCAAUACAAACCAAACUCAGUUUUUUUCUGUCAUGAAAGACUCUUUGUCAGGAAACUAUCCUUUUGAUUGGGGCGCAAGCAAAGUCCAAAAACCAAUAUGCGAUUUCACCGGAAUCACAUGCGAUGAUAAACACGAUAUUAUAAAACUCGAUUUUUCAGGUUGGUCGUCUCUUUCCGGAAAUUUCCCUUCCGAUUUUUGUUCUUACCUUCCAAAUUUACGCGUCCUAAACCUCGGUAAGACAAAAGUCAAGUUUCCAAUAAACAACAUAAUCAACUGUUCUCGUAUAGAACAGUUAAUCAUGAACCAGAUGCACCAGUCAGGAACACUUCCGGAUUUCUCGUCUUUGAAGUCUCUCAGAAUCCUCGACUUAUCGUACAACUCCUUCACCGGGGACUUCCCUAUGUCAGUUUUCAAUCUCACAAACCUCGAAAUUCUCAACUUCAACGAAAAUAACGGUUUCAAUCUAUGGGAGUUACCUAAAAGCUUUGAAAGAUUGAAAAAUCUCAAGUCCAUGGUUCUCUCAACAUGCAUGUUGCAUGGUCAAAUUCCACCAUCCAUAUCAAACAUAACAACUCUCAUUGAUCUUGAAUUGAGUGGAAACUUCCUCACAGGUCAAAUUCCAAAAGAACUUGGUUUGUUGAAAAACUUGCAACAGCUUGAACUUUACUAUAACUACCACCUUGUUGGUAACAUUCCAGAAGAGCUCGGAAACUUAACCGAACUCAUCGAUUUGGAUAUGUCGGUAAACAAGCUAACCGGAACAAUCCCUUCUUCUGUUUGUAAACUUCCAAAGCUUCAAGUUCUUCAGCUUUACAAUAACAGUCUCACAGGCCAAAUUCCAGAUGAAAUCGAAACCUCAACAACACUCCGAAUGUUGUCGCUUUACGACAAUUUCUUAAGCGGACAUAUUCCUAAGAAACUAGGACAGUUAUCAGGAUUGGCUCUUGUUGAUUUGUCUGAAAACAAAUUGUCUGGUCCUUUACCAGAACAUGUCUGUGAAGGAGGUAAACUGUUAUAUUUUCUUGUUUUGGAUAACUUUUUAUCUGGUUUUAUACCAGAAAGUUACGCGAACUGCAUGUUUCUGUUACGGUUUCGUGUCAGUAAUAACCGGUUACAAGGUUCAGUUCCAAAAGGACUCUUGAGUUUACCUCAUGUUUCAAUCAUUGAUUUGAGUAGUAACAAUUUAACCGGUUCGAUUCCCGAGAUUAACGGAAACUCUAGAAACUUAUCUGAACUUUUCCUUCAGAGGAACAAGAUUUCAGGAGAAAUCACACCAACAAUCUCUAGAGCUUAUAGCCUUGUCAAAAUUGAUUUCAGUUAUAACUUUCUUUACGGUCCAAUCCCUUCGGAAAUCGGAAACCUUAGAAAGCUUAACUUGCUUAUGCUGCAAGGCAACAAGUUGAAUUCUUCUAUUCCUGGUUCACUUUCUUCUUUGGAAUCACUUAACCUUCUUGAUCUUUCGAAUAAUCUUUUAACCGGAAACAUCCCCGAAAGCCUCUCCGUGUUGUUGCCGAAUUCCAUUAACUUCUCACACAAUCUUCUUUCUGGUCCAAUUCCUCCUAAGCUGAUUAAAGGAGGUUUAGUUGAAAGCUUUGCAGGAAAUCCUGGUUUAUGCGUGGUGAUUCCGGUGUAUGCGAAUUCGUCUGAUCAAAAAAACUUUCCACUAUGUUCACAUGGUUACAAGAGUAAGAAGAUGAACACUAUCUGGGUGGCUGGUGUGUCUGUGAUAUUGAUUUUUGUAGGUGCUGCUUUGUUCUUGAAAAAAAGAUGCAGCAAAGACGCGGCUGCGGUCGAGCACGAAGACACACUCUCUUCAUCCUUUUUCUCUUAUGAUGUCAAGAGCUUUCACAUGAUUAGCUUUGAUCAAAGAGAGAUUGUUGAGUCUUUGGUAGAUAAGAACAUUAUGGGACAUGGAGGGUCCGGGACCGUAUACAAAAUCGAGCUGAAAAGUGGCGAUGUUGUCGCGGUUAAACGCCUUUGGAGCCGAAGCUCGAAGGAUUCGUCGCCCGAAGACGCGUUAUUCGUGGACAAAGCAUUGAAAGCUGAGGUGGAAACAUUAGGAAGCAUAAGACACAAGAACAUAGUUAAGUUAUAUUGUUGCUUCUCAAGUUUGGAUUGUAGUUUGUUGGUUUAUGAGUACAUGCCAAAUGGUACUUUGUAUGAUUCACUUCACAAGGGUUGGAUUCAUUUGGAUUGGCCUACAAGGCAUAGGAUUGCACUUGGAAUUGCUCAAGGUCUUGCAUACCUUCAUCAUGAUUUGGUUUUUCCUAUCAUCCAUAGAGAUAUUAAGUCAACUAAUAUUCUCUUGGAUGAAGAUUAUCAUCCUAAGGUUGCUGAUUUUGGGAUUGCUAAGGUUUUGCAAGCAAGAGGUGGAAAGGAUUCCACUACCACUGUCAUUGCAGGAACUUAUGGUUACCUAGCCCCAGAAUAUGCAUAUUCACCAAGGGCCACAACAAAGUGUGAUGUGUACAGCUUUGGUGUGAUUUUGAUGGAACUGUUAACUGGGAGAAAGCCAAUAGAGUCAGAAUUUGGAGAAAACAGAAACAUUGUCUUUUGGGUUUCAAACAAAGUAGAAGGCAAAGAAGGAGCUAGACCAAGUGAAGUUUUUGAUCCAAAGCUAUCAUGUUCAUUCAAAGAUGACAUGGUUAAGGUUUUGAGAAUUGCGAUCCGAUGCAGUUACAAAGCACCGGCGAGUAGACCAACCAUGAAAGAGGUUGUUCAGCUUCUGAUUGAGGCAGAACCAAAAAGUUCUGAUUCUUGCAAGUUGUCAACAAAAGAAGUAUCCACAAAUGUUAACUUAGUAAAGAAACCAUUUGAGUUAUAG